AUGAUAAAUAUUGAGAAUGACAAUUUUGAAUCAGUUAAUACCAAUGCCAAAAGGGCUAAAAUAACUGAUUGCAUGGAAAAUGAAACAGAACAACUAGGACCAGGGACUUCAGGUUUCAACAAAAAGCCAUGCUUAAAAAACGACCUCGCUAUGAUGUUAGAUUCGUCGAGUGAAGACGAAAGUCAAGAUGAGCCAGAAAAUAGUAGCGUUGAAGCUGUAUUAAAAAAAGAGUUACUUGCUUACCGUACUAAAAAAGAAUAA